GUGUGGAGGGCAGCGCGCCGAGGCGCUCCGGAGCAGGGUGACGUCGAGGUAGAUGGCGGCCCGGCACGUGACCCGAGACCGUGGACCGUUGACGGCGCGACGGGGCGCAGCUUGAGCGCAAGCUGGCGAUGCGCCUGUUUCGGCGGCGAGGGUCCGACUCGGCCCCCCAGCUGGUCAGCCUGUCGCCCCUCCGGCGGGAGGAGGGUGGUGACCCGGAGGACCCCGCAGCGCCGCCCCUUAUCAAGCCGUCGGCCAUUUACAUGUCAAUGGACGACCAGCUGAGGAAAGAGUCGUCGACCUGGGGUCGCCGCGUGGGCCGCCGUCUGUCGCGUCUGACCCGGUCGGGCAGCAGCGAGCAGAUCAGCGGCCCCAGCUCGGGCCGGCGGCGGUGGCGCGUCUCCGAUCCUGACCCGGAGACGCACAGUCUCCGCUCGGAGCGGCGGGUGCGGCUCGACCGCGUGGAGAGCAUCCGCAACCUGUUCCGCCUGCCGGCGAUGCCGCGGCGCGGGGGGUUCGCGUCCAAGGAGCGGCGCGGCUCCGACACGGGGCUAGAGGAGGCGGAGCACGCGCCGCGGCCCUCGAGGCCCGUAAAGCGCAGCGUCAGCCUCUACAAGAGCGCCUCCACCAGCCAGCUGAACAUCAUGCCUCCCACCAUCAAGGACUUGAAGAAGCAGUCGGCCAGGGCGCAGGAGACCUGGAGCCAGUCGGCAUACCUGCCCACCAAGACGGUGAGCUGCGAGAAUAUGGUGGAUGUCGGCGAAAAGCGAACCGGACAGGGCGCCGGAGAUGCCUCUCACCCUCUGUCCGCGUUGCCCGAAGAGCCCGGAAAUGCUGGGAGGCGGAGAAAGGUCACGAUCGGUGAUAUCAGAUCGAGGAGUCAUGAAGGGAUUUUAGGAGGCUCAAGACCCAGACGACUACCUCAGGCGCAUGAGAUAAACAAAACCAACAUGAGCACAACAGGGGGAAUGAAGCAAAGUCCGUCCAAAACUGGGGUAGGUCUUAGUUCCCCAUCCCCACAGAAGGCAACCACGGGUGACUCCGCUAAAAUUCAAGGAGAUGCAACAGUGGUGAAGACCAUGCCCAGAAAGCUGCCGCUCAACCACGCCUGCUCGAAUGAGAGCGGCUACGACAGCGACGGCACCAGAAGAAGUGAAGACUCGCCGCCGGGUAGCACGAGGGGGAUCAACGGCAGACGGUCCUCAGGAGGGGAGAGUCCCAACAGCUCCACUAAGAGCUUUGACGCGACGAGCUCUCUUGAUGUUGCUCCACUCGGCACGUCCUCCUCGGAUGACGAAUCGAACAAGCCCCAGGGAGUGCGGCCCAAGACGUACGUGGGCGGCAAGCGGAGCGACGACUCUCCCCUCGCCAGUGAAGACAGCGACACCAUCCUACGCCAGCCCAAAGACGGGAAGACGGACGAUUUUGGCAGCGUCUCUCCGCCCCCGAGCACCGAGAGGCCGAAUUCGCAGCGCAGGUACAUGCAGCACAAGAAACGACCGACGAAGCCACCGCGGAGAUCCUUGAUCAGAGACCAGGUGAGCGAAAUCUCCACCCAGACUUCAAUGCCCUGGGACCAUUCCUCGUUCGACGAGAUCCUUUCGGAGCCGGAGAUCCUGCACUCUGUGAGGCACGAGGAGGGGCCGCGGCGACGAAGCAGCGGCGACAUUCUGCACGGGCGCCCACGCUUCUCCGGCCUGCGUCCAGAUAACCCGGACCAGACCAGACCACCCGCCUUCAACUCUCGCUCUCGGGCAGACGAAUUCUCGCACCGGCGGUCGGAGGGCUACCCCCACACCCGGCCCGAGGGAUAUCAACACCCCCGGGCGGAGGGCUAUCCGUCCGGUGGCUACCCGGCCGACGGCGGCGGCCCGACGCGCGGUCGGAUUCGGAUGGGCACGCGCGAGCCGCGGGAGACGGGCCGCCCUCCGGCCCGGCCCCGCUCCACAGGUCACAUCGGACAGACGAACGGCGGUCUGGCCAGCCAGCCGUCGCUGCCCUCGCUGCCGGCCGACUUCACCAGCAAACAGUUCAAGAUGCUGCGCGUCCUGAAGGCGGACGGCGACUCGCUGGGUAUCUUCAUUGCCAGGAACGUCCAACACGGUUACCUCAUCGCUGAGAUGGAGACCAACGGCGCCAUUGCAAGGGACGGGCGCUUCAAGGUGGGCGACGAGAUAGUGAACGUGAACGGCCGACGGCUGCGCGGCUGUGCCCUCGAGACGGUGCUGGACAUCCUGCGCGACCCCUCGCCCGAGCUGGACAUCGUCAUAGCCCGGGACUUCAACCCGGACCGACUGAGCCAGCAGCAGGCCGGCCAGCACGUGGUGGUCAUCUCUGUGCCGGACAGCAGCGGAGCGGCGACGGCACGAGACGACGCCGAUGACCCGGACGACUCGCUCGAGUACCCGGCCGUGGGCUCCGAGCCUUGUGACGCCUCCGAAACGGAAGAGCACCAGCGGCCAGAGUCGGUGCUCUCCGGCGUUUCGGGGUACUCUGUCUCCAGCAUCCAGUCGGCAUCGUCAGUGCGGGAGUUACUGCGCAGGCGCCAUGACCAGAGGUCAGGCGCCAGGUCAUCCGGAUCGGGAACGUCCCGGAGACCCAAGUCUCUGACAACGUCUCUGCUGACUAUCAAGUUUGAAAAGGGAGCUGGAAAGAAGAGCCUGGGCUUCAGCAUCGUGGGCGGCAGGGAUUCACCCAAGGGUAGCAUCGGAAUCUUUGUAAAGACGGUCUUCCCUAACGGACAAGCUGCAGAAGAUAACAGGCUCAAGGAAGGGGACGAGAUCCUGGCGGUGAACGGGGAGAGUAUGCAGGGACUGUCGCACGCGGAGGCCGUGGUCGUGUUCAAGUCGGUCAGGUCGGGGCAGGUGCUGCUCUACGUGGCCCGCAGGGAACAGGCCGGCAAAAGGAGGUCAAAUAAGUCCAUGUCAUGUGAUGACCUCGAUCGAGUGGAAGAGUGAGCAACCGGGCUGAAGUGGAUCCGCUGGAGUAGUCAUUUUCGCGCUGGCUGAGUGCUCUUGAAGGUGUGAAUGCUGCCCUGACCCGUGCAAUGAGCGCCCGACCCAACCGCGGCUUUGAACAUUGUUUUCCAAUUAGCUGGGUGCAAUAGCUCUAGCAAUGUCCAAAACACGCGGCGGUGCGACAAUGAUUGAGCGAGUGAUGCAUAAUAUGUUUCAUAUGUUGUCCUUAUCGGUCGGCUUAAUCAUGACUACCUAUAUGAAAAGGUUUGAGUAGUUGUGGGUCAUGUUGUGAAGUCAUGUGCGUAGACGUAGCUACAAUAAGUCGCUGAAACUGUUUGUCUUUUUAUUCAGAUAGCAUGAAAUGUCUAUCGGUGUCUGCACGGAGUCUUCAUGAUGCAAUGGACGCAUAAUAUGCAGCUGUUAGCGACAACGUUACAUCAGCGUUAACGUUGCGUUAGCGUUAACGUUAGCGAUAACGUUAACAUUAGCGAUAACGUUGCGUUAGCGUUAACGUUAACGCUAACUUUAGCGAUAACGUUACAUGGAGCAAUACAUAGAUAUGUGAUUAAAUCUCAUUCUUGUGACCUCAGCUACUUGCAGCGCUUGCAAAUGCGGUGACUGAGCUGGAGCCUUGGCCAUUGCAGUUUCAUGGUAAUCGGAAACUUUUCCGCACGUCAGCCAGUUUCAGAUGUAGUGGUGGUUUAGUUCGUUUGAGAGAAUGUGUACUGUGACUCUGUAAUAUACUUGCUGUAGUCAUCGGUCUGUUGAAAUAAACGUAGGCUUGUGAUUCGAAUUGCUCACUCUCAAUCACUGUAAAUAAACCGACCACCGAUGUUC